AGUAAUACUUACGGCUCAACAGGCAGCAUUGCGAGAUGUACAGAAGCAUGACGCGUUAACUGCGCCCAAUAGCCACGACUUAAAUAUUGCAGAUCUACAAAGCAUGUUCGCUGGCUGUGUUCCUGGGAUUUUUUCGUCCCGUAGGAAAGUUGCACUGUGGAUUACGCUUCUUUUCAUUUGCAUUGGGGAAAUUAAUGCAGGUGACACAGAGACAGUUGUUGGAAAAGUUGGAAAUCCAGUUUUUCUACACCCAUCAAAGCUACCAGGAAAUGUGCAUGAAGUGAAAUGGAAAACUCCAUACAAAAUUGUGGGAAAAUUAAAAGAUGGAAAUUUGCAAUGUGGAAGCCGAUACAAGAUUUUUCCCAAUGGUUCUUUGAGAAUCGACAGUGCAAAUAAGAAUGAUACUGCAAUUUAUAUGUUGGAAUUAUUUGACGGAAAUGGAGAAAAUACAGCUACAAAAUCAAUCAAGCUCAGCAUUCAAGAUGAUGUCUCCGUGCCUGUGGUACACACUUCCUGUACGGUCGAUGGCAGGGUCAAGCUGAUCUGCUCGGUGCAGCACGGGAAUGAGGUGACAGUUCACUGGAUCGUGCAUUCAGCUUGGUCCAAUCACACCCUCGACAGCGCUACGGCCAACCGCCGCAUCCUCUACCUGCGGCGGCAAACCCCCGGGUACCUGGUCUGUGUGGCGAGCAACAGGGUCAGCCAAAAUUUCAGCCUGCCCGUAAGCAUGGCCUGUAGGGCUCACAUCUUCUCAUUAGCGGCCCUGGGACUGUUCCUUUUACUUCCAACACUGGCCUUAGCCGCAGCGAUGCUGAAGAAAAAAGACACAAAUGUACCCAGGAAAGAUGCAGAAAAUUGCUAUGUUGCCAUGCAAAAGAAAACAGCUCCUCCGAAACACGAGAAUGAUGAAGAACAUUGCUAUGUUGCCAUGCAGAAGAAAACAGCUCCUCCCAAACACGACAAUGAUGCAGAACAUUGCUAUGUUGCCAUGCAGAAGAAAACAGCUCCUCCCAAACAUGACAAUGAUGCAGAAAAUUGCUAUGUUGCCAUGCAGAAGAAAACAGCUCCUCCCAAACACGACAAUGAUGCAGAAAAUUGCUAUGUUGCCAUGCAGAAGAAAACAGCUCCUCCCAAACACGACAAUGAUGCGGAACAUUGCUAUAUUGCAAUGCACAAGAAAGCAACCCCUCCUGCAGAUCAUGACAGUGUCAACUGCAACCCAACUCUGCCCAGGCUUAAUGAGGAUGGGGAUGAACACACGGUGGAGCCGGUGAUUGAGGACGUCUACGUAUGAGGGCAAGCGGGGAAACAUUCACAGGCUGUGUGUGUGUGUGUGUGUGCGUGUGUGUGUGUUAUGUGUGUGCAUGUGUGCAGUGUGUGUGAGGCUUGGAGGAAGGGCUUGGAUCCAGGAUAUGUGUGAGUGAUGGGGGGCGAAGCUCUCAAAAGCUGUGUGCGUAUGUGGAUGGUCUGUGACUACACUUGAAGAAUGACCUUCACUUUGUUGUCUGGACAGAGUGUUCAUACAGGAAUGUGGGGUUGCAAACACAGUAAUCUACUGUAUGUAUUCUGAAUGAGCAUUAUCCUAAAAACUGUUUAGGAUACUGUGUAAUUAUGCUGAUAAAAUAUGCCAAUAUUCCUUCAGAUUACAGUUUUGUAUCUCUAUCUCUGUAAUUCCCAUUCACAAUUCCCAGGCCCUGACUGACAGGGGCCGUUAAAAAACUGCCCUCUAAUUGUACGCUGGGACGGGGUGGCCUGGGGUUUGGGCACAAUGUGAGCCCAUUUCAUUGUGCCCAAAGUACCUGGCUGCAGCUCUAGUGAUAAUUGUUCUGGUGUUUUGUAAUGUUUUUUUUUAUUAAAGUUUUGAUCCCCAAUAUAAUGAGCCAAUAAUAAAAUUAUUCUUUGAUUUUA